AUGAAAGUAUCGUUCGUCGCGCUGUUUGCCGUGCUGGCUACUUCCGCCGUCACCGCUUCCUUGACGUUGACCAACGAAGAAAUCAAUGACGGCAAGAUCCGCACCCCCGAGCAACUCCAAGCCAUCCAAGACGAUGGCGACGUAAACCGUAAGUGCCACGAAUCCAACGGCGGGUACCUUCCGCUGCUCAAGCCUGGCAACUACCAAGCGAGCAAGUUCCACGGGUGUUUCCGCACAACGUCUCAAAUCUACGAGUACCUUGAUGUGCUCGUGCAGCAAAACGCCAAGAUCUUCACCAAGUUUCAAAUCGCAGAGUCGGUGCGCAAGCAGCCCAUCUACGGGUACAAGCUGAGCCCCAAGGAGCAAACGCAUUCGCUGUACUUUGAAUCGCUCAUCCACGCCCGCGAAUGGACGACGGGGGCGUCCACGCUAUGGGCGUUCUCUCGCUACUUGGACGACAUUGCCAACGGCAAGCCAGGCCCGACGGACUUGUACAAUUUGUACUACGUCCCCGUGGUCAACGUGGACGGGUACGACAUCUCGUGGACCCCCGGGAAGCGGUACCAGCGCAAGAACGCCAACCAAGUCGACUUGAACCGCAACUUUAUCAGCAAGUUCGUCAACCCCAAGCCCCCCAAGCCGGUCGACCAAAACUACCCCGGGCCGUUCCCGUUCAGCGAGCCCGAGGCCAAGGGCAUCGAUAUCUUUGGCAAGUCCAAGCAGGGCGAAAUCCUCGGCUUUGUCGACGUGCAUUCGUACGCGGGGUUGAUCAUGUACCCCUACGGUGACACGCACGACCCCAUCGGCGGGGGCGAAGACGAAAAGUUCGCCGUCCUCGGCAACGCCAUGGCCGUUGUGAUGAACAACGUGACUGGCAAAACCUUGUACGUGGCCGAGCCCAGUGGCAAGCUGUACCUGGCGUACGGGGCGUUCGAUGACUACCACUACCGCACGUACGGCAAGCCCACGCUGACAAUUGAAAUGACCGCCAAGGACUUUGUCGUGCCGUUCUCGGAGAUCCCCCAACGCGGAGACGAAAUCUACUACGGGUUGUGGCAAUUCGCUAAGCAAGUGGCCGUGUUUAAUGGCACGGCCCCUACUACCGCGACCCCUACUACCGCGAUCCCGACUACUGCGAUCCCUACCACGACCCCUGCUUUGACCACGGCCCCUACCCCCACCACAACGAAGCCCCAAUGUUAAACGUUGUACUAGUAAUAAUGUGAGUGAAAAUGUGCGUGCCUGUGUGGGCAUGUUCGUUGAAGUGUCA